CUCUGCCAAAACAUUUUCAUUACAAACUGAGCAAGUGCUCUUGAAUAACACGAGCUCAGAUCCGUUAGCAGAGGAGGACUUUGGAUAAUAAAGACACCUCACUUGUUUAACACAAAUGUCACCUUUACAUUAUGUUUAAAGCAAACCGAAGAAAAAUUUUGAAACUGUUUUCCUAAAGAAAAAUUAGUCCCAAAUGCUUUGUGUUAAGCAACAGGGAACAAGACAAGCGAUAUCCCAGCUUCAAAGUAACCGCACAACUGAAAGCUUCAAAGCAGAGAGACGACUGAAAGCUCCAAUAGCUAGCAAUCAUUGCUGAUGACAAUCAGUCAGCCGCGGACCUGUGAAAGUCCAUAGCUGCACAAACACACAACAAAAGGCAACAUGGACAUGUGAAAAUCCAUGAUCGCAGACAAAACAAAGGCGUAAUUCCGCGCUACCUCAAAGGUAGCAAGGAGUCAACCAUGCCAGAUCCCAAGCAAGGUUGGCUAUGCAGCCUCUGUUGGGAACAUCGCUGCAACUUAGCAAACAUUCGCUAAGCUCAAAACAGAAGGAGGACAGGCCACCUAUGGCCCAUCCCCACUCAACAAAACCUGUGUAACAUACAAACAGGAUAUGCAAAGUACAGCAACCACAAAAAUUGCAGAAAAGGGCACUUCAUACACCAACAAAAAUGAUUACAACAACAAAAGGCUCAAUAGCCAAAUUUGCAGAAAGAAUAAGGGGAGGGGGAAUCUAUUCCUUCCUCUUCCUCUUCUUCUUCUGCUCCACCUCCUCCUCGGCUCCGGUCUCGGCUGGCUGCUGCUGAGUUGUCAAGGAAUAUACAAUUUAUGGACCACGAGCGAGCUCCGGGUGCUGCAUUGGCCCAGACAGCUUGUGUUUCUUAGGAUCAAAAUCUGGGAGAACCUUGGAGAGCUUGUCAUAAAUCUUCUGCCGCAUCUGAUACUUCCCGUAUUCCAGAGAUGGCAGCAAUUGCUUCUCCACGAACUUCAUCCCCUCUGCCGUGGCCAACCAGCUGUCCAUAUGCUCGCCCAUCACACUAUGGAGCCAAGCAAGGACCGGUGGCAGGGCGGGACCCUUUGAAUAGGAGGCAUGGAAAUCAGAAACUACUACCGCCCUAGCCCUAUCAAUGGCUAGAGAGUGACCUGCCAUAUAGCCCUCAAACUUCUUCUGCAUGGCGACCCUGUCAGCCUCAAGCUGCACCACCCUUUUAAAAACUGAUAAAAGUGAUACGUUGUAGGAUGGUAUUAUUUUUAUCUUUGGCCUAUUUGUGAAUAUUUUUUUGGCCUAUUAUGGAAGUCAUGUUUUUCAACGAGUCAACUCAGUCUAAGCUCGGUUACGCAUCCAUGAAAAGCGGUCUUCGUUUAAACGAUUUCUUCUGGUUUGAACGAGACAAUAAUGGCCGAUCGAGAAAAGUGGGAAGUAUCCGUGAUUUGUUCUCACAGACAAUAAUUUGUUUGUAAUUUUAAAGAAAAAUAGCGGAAAAGGAAAAGCAAACAUGUCCAACCAAUAUAAAGGAGAACAGUACCUUUUCUCUCAUCAGAAAGAAGAGGAAGAGAAGGAGGAAUUUGAUCUGGGAUCUGACGAGCCUGAGAUCUCAUUUCCCUUUAACAUUACAUCUCGGGUGCUUUAUAUGUUGGGAGAUAUAACGGCAGGGCCGGCGUAUCGGUUCACAGAAUGGCUGGAGCUGGUCCGUAAAAGAAGUAGCAAGAUUCGCUCCUCUGGGUUCCCUCAUCGUCCUCACAGAGUUGAUACUAUGCUCUCCAGCCCAGAAGAGUCAAAUUCAGAUGUAAAAGACCCUCCACCUUGUGAGCAAGCGGCAGCAGAAUUGAGUUUGUGGGAUAGACUUGGCAAUGCUGUGAUGUUGGACAUCGAAUCAAGCGCCUUGUCCUGGAGAAUGCUCGCUUCCCUUCACCACACAGAGCACAACAGUAGUACUGAACAGUCUGAGGAUGAAAUGAAUAAAGCACUAGAGGUCACUGUUAAUUCUGGGGGUGUGGUUUUUUUUGCACUAUUCAAUCAGCCUCAAGAUGAUGAAUCUCCUUCUCCAAAGGAAGCCGUAGCUGUUAUAAAGAUAUCAUCUUCAAGGAUGGCCACUCAAUCAGAGCGCCUCGGUUAUGAAUUUGCCAAGUGGCUAGGUGUUCGGACCCCACAAGUGUGCAGUCAUUUUUGAAAUUGCGUGCAAUGUUUAGUUUCACUCAAAUGUGCGCCACCAUGCAAAGCACGGGUUAUUCACAACUGUAUUCCGGAGUGGUUGCAGAUAAAAGAUGCUGCAGAGAAAGCAAAAGAAGCGGCUAUAUCAGAAGGUGAUGAAAUCGGUGAAAUGACAUGCUCAGAACUUCUAGAAGCUCUUGAAUUAAGCCGAUGCAUUUUACUAAUGAACUAUAUACACGGAUCACCUCUGUUAGAGAGCUCAAAUGCAUUUGAUUCCCAACAAUCUGCCGAAAAAAUAGCAGCUGCUCUAGGAAGGGUCAUGGUUUUGGACCUCGUCAUAAGAAAUGAGGACCGCCUUCCAUGUCGCCAUCUGAGAUGGCGUGGAAACUCAGCAAAUUUACUGUUAUCAGAUAAGGUGAAGAGAAUAAGUCUUUAGAUGAUUCAACGUCUCCGGAAUUUCAUAUCGUGGCUAUAGACUCGGGGGUUCCACGCAGGCCGCCAGCUGGCAAACGUGCAAAUGACCAUGAAGUUUAUCCUAAGCUGGUUGAGCUCAUUAUUAACAGUUAUGAGUAUUCAUCUAAUAUCCUUCAUGAGAUAACAGGAGGAAAAUUAGGGUUUCCUCCUAACGACUUUGAGAUGAUGACUGCCGAUUCUCAUUUGGCUAAUAUGAGCCUUGUUAUUCACGAAUUUCGAAGUGGAUUUCGUGCAGCUUUACGAGAUUUACAAGGAUUUCAUAUAUUUCUUCUCACACUUCAUCAGAAACUGGAAAACCUCUUGAGAGUGCUUCUCACCAUUAUUGACAGAGCUUCUUCUUCCGGGGAUCUUGAGAAGGAAGAAAUGACGGUUCCUGAGUCACCACCGCCUAGUAGGGAAGCGGCAGUUAGUGAAAACAAUGUUGAUUCAAAUGAUUCAGAAUUGCCAAGGGUAACACCUAAGCCAUCAUCAUCUUCAGGGUGUAAGGAGAGCUCGGAUGGCGGUUCUCCGGUUGCGCGUGAGGGUUGCCAGGGGAAGUUUAGGGGUAAUGGAGAACCUCUGCAUAGUUUGCGUUUGGCAUCGAAACUACGUGACUUCCACAAAUCUGCUAAGGUUGAUGCAGAGCUAAACAAAGAGUUAGAACAAUGGAAUGAAAUGCUGAAGAAUGAUGCUAUUAAGUUAUGCAUGGAAAACAAUUUCAAUACAGGCUUCUUUGAAGGCAGUGAUAACAAUUACGUGGUUGAUGCAUAUGAGCUGAAGGUAAGGCUUGAGCAUAUUCUUGACAGAAUUGUGUUGAUAUCUAAUGCUGCAAACACUGAAAAACCAUCAGCAGUUUCUGAGACCCUUUUCAUUGGUGGGGCCCUUGCUGCUAGAUCUGUGUACACUUUGCAACACAUAGGAAUCACUCAUGUAUUGUGCCUUUGCACCAAUGAAAUUGGACAAUCGGACUCUCAAUAUCCCGACUUGUUUGUGUACAAAAACUUUUCUAUAUUUGACAACGAGGACAGCAACAUCAGCGAUCUCUUUGAGGAAGCACACGAUUUCAUGGAUCACGUUGAGAAAAUUGGUGGUAAGGUUCUUGUUCAUUGCUUUGAAGGAAAAAGCAGGAGUGCGGCUGUUGUCCUUGCAUACUUAAUGCUGAGAAAAAGCUUCACACUUUCCCGAGCAUGGAAUGCACUGAAGAGAGUGCACCGACGUGCCCAACCAAACGACGGCUUUGCGAGGCUUCUAUUGGAACUGGACGAGAAGUUGCACGGAAAGGUUUCCAUGGAAUGGCAACAACGGCGGCCGACGAUGAAGGUGUGCUCCAUCUGUGGGAAGAAUGCUGGGCUGAGCAGCAGUUCGCUGAAACUUCACUUGCAAAAAGCACACUGGAAGCUUUCUUCUGGAAGUGUGGAUAGUGCCAUGACCAUGGAGAUUCAGAAAGCCAUGGAUGCGCUGAAACUCAGUCGUAGUGGGAGUGUCAGUCCUACACACAGAAAUCCUAACCCAAACAUGGUUGAAUAGCCAUGGACAUUUGACCGUUAAUGUUUGGCUUCUUACACUUUUGUAUUUAUUAUUAGAGAAAAUUACCCAUAUAGGACUAAAAUAUAUCAUUUAUGCACAAUUGCACAAAUAGGAGUUCUCUUUAACGUCAACUGCCGUAGGACUAAAACCCAGGUGUUGUGACUUAAAUACCCUUAAUGAACCCUGAGCUUGGCAUCCGUUUGAAAUUAAUAGUACGGCGUAAAGGGCUUCCUUUUCAAAAACCACGUCACAUUAAUACGUCGAGCUUUUGACGGUUGAGUCAAUUGAGAGAGUAUUCAAUGGCAGAUUCCGAUACGCAGAAGUUGUGAGAGUAGUGGAAAUACGUAGAAGUCGUGAGGGUAGAGGAAGAGAAAAAUGCAGAAGUGUGAGAGUAUAGGAAGACAAAAAGCAGUUUGUAAGAGCAAAACGGCCAGAGAAGUGCGUAAAAUGGCGGAUUCCGACUUCGAAUCAACAGGCCAAAAAGUAAAAAUUAGGUGAGACCUGGUACGAAUUUAUGUCGUAUGAUUCUGCUAUAUAUGGAAAUAGUGAAGACGUUUGUUUGAUAUUUGAAGUAUGGAAUGACAUUGUUCUGCUAUUAAUUGCAUAUUGUUGUGGUUUUUGUGGAGUGUUUGAACAAUGGUGUGUGUGUGGUUUCGUUCCUAGUGCCAUAUGUUACUAUUUUUUGUUUACAGAUUGAAUGAAGUGUUAUCAGUUGAAUUGAAUGUGUUUAAGAAGACAUGAUAUAGCCAUAGUUGUGCGAUUUAAGUACUUAGGAAUGACAUUUAUAGAUUUGCGAAUGAGAUUUUUAUAAUAUAUGUCAUAUAUAUA